GACGAAUAUCCUUUAGGUUGCCGUCCUAAGAAGCGAAGCGGACCAACGAAAUCAUCGUUAGUCGCAAGAAUUCCACCAAUAAGUGCGAGUAAAAGCAAAUUCCAGAUGGAAUUACUGCCACAUUUUGAGACGAGGCCUACAACGGUGCAGAAAAUCAUCGAUCCUUUUGUCGAUCUUGGUCAUCUAGUCAUCGUUGAUCGCGACAAUAUUGAAGGGGAUGCGUCAGAAAAGCUUUUAUCCCGAGCACGAAAUAAUGCACAGUAUCUAUUCAACAAAAUUUGGGAGCUGAACCGUAAACAUGUGGAAGAAGCGGUUAUGGCAGAACUUCCAAAAUCAUCGUUCAUUCUGCCAAGAGAGAAGAAGAUCCCUGAGAAGAAGGAACCCACAAAAUGGGAGAAAUACGCAGCAGCAAAAGGAAUCACCAAGAAGAAGAAAAACAAAAAAGUAUUUGAUGAGGCCACCAAAGAGUGGAAACCAACUUAUGGGUACAGACGAGGAAACGAUGAUACGAAGGACUGGCUCAUUGAAAUUCCUGAUAAUGCUGAUCCCAAUAAGGAUUAUUUUGCUGAAAGAGUCGACAAAAAGAAGGAGCGAAUCGCAAAGAACGAGACUCAACGGCUGAAAAAUAUGGCCCGACAGCUGGGUUCUACAGUGAGGAAAGGACCUUCUGUUGACCCUAGCAUUGGAUUGGGAGUAGCACCAGAGGAGAAAUCGAAAGAACAGCUACGAUUUGCUGUCGAUCGUGCAAAAGCUGCUACCGCUUCGGCGGGAAAAUUCCAGCGUUUGGCCAAGGGAGAGAAGGAAAAUGUCAAGAAAGGAAAGAAGCGAAAGUUCUUGCCUAAUGAAGCUGGCGGCGAGAAGGAGCACGAUUUGCAAAUCUGGGAGAAAAUCAAAAAGAAGAAGGCGAAGAUUAUCGAAGAAAAGGCUGCUGCUAUAGCCGGACCAUCGAAGCAAGAAAAGAAGGAGAAGAAAGGACAUAAACCUAUCAGACAAAAGAGUCAAAUACACCGACAGCAGUGGUUCAAGAAUAAAAAAUCGGAAAACAAGAAAACAAGAGGAAACGCAAGGAAGAAUAAAUAAGUACGUCGUAACUUACCACUUUUUUGAGAGUUUAUUGUUUGUGUUUUUUGUUGUAUUCCUGUACUUGAAAAUAUAACAAUUUAGCUUGUUGUUGAUUUAUUUGUUAUAAAGAGCAAUGAA